CCCGUCUCCACGUCGUUGUAAAACAGUAUUUAAUCAAAAUCGGAACCAUUUCACAGCACGAUGAUCGUACAAAGUCAAGAAUACAACUUGGUACCUGUGAACUUAACGAUUGCUGGAUAAAAGAGGAUCUUAAGUCGAGAAAAUCRUCUCUUGUUUUCKUUCAAGACUGCUUYUUUCAGCAGAUUCCGAGACGCAGAAAGCGCAACACAGCCUGCGACAAGAAAAACAAUGGCAAAAAUAAAGCAAGAUGGAUCCAAACUGCAAUGCGACCGCCGACAAUCUGCUUACAAACUUCCACUAAUGUGGGCUUCUUUAUACCAGCGACUGGUUACAUACUCAGCGUACGCUUGACGUGGCAAAGUGGAGUGAUAUCAUGUAACAAGGAUAAAGAUCACUGUGCCGCUUACUGGGGCUGCGCAUGUUACGACCACUCCAAACCAACUAGUACUGAUACCAGACUUGACAUCAUAAUUACAGAUCAUAACAGCCACAAGGUGUUUCCAGAUCUUAAAUUACCAGAUCAGAACGACCGCAUAUGGUACACUUUACCAGAUCAAACUAACGAGCAGCAAGUUUUGACGUUUCCGAAUCUAACACAACCGCUGAGAGUGAGGAAUGGCGAGAAGUUCAUAGUCUGGUAUAGCACUCAUUUACUUAAUCCUGGCCCACACUGGUCAAAGGCUGAUGGAAAUGUUUGCUUUUCAGUUGAAGUUUUGUUUAGUCAGGUCGACGCUGACGAUGAUCACGAUCCUUUUUUAAGAUAAUACGGUCUUCAGAGAGAACAAGGUGUUAUCGCUCGUUAGCCUGUUGGUAGACCAGAAGGGAACACGGAGAACKAAACCGGCUUACUAAGACAAUCUAGAACAUUCAUAGACCUUCAUAUGCCAUGAAUUURUUGUCAGCAAACGCGCGCCUGAACCAGCACUGUGUAUGAUAAUAAACUAUAUAUACUAGCAGAUCGCGAAUAUUGUGAAAUACUCUCAUUAUUUAGAAAUWUCUAGCAUAGAAAGUUUUCUAGAUGCGAACGCGACGCAAAGCACGUGGUUUAAUCAACACCCUUCUUUUAUUAAAGUAAUUAGUGAUCUACGUUUCACGGAUUUAGCGUGCUAUGCAAGUUUCAAUCUCGAAAGCCAAUGUAGGAAAACAAUGUAAAAGGAAAUAAAGUUUGAUUGGUUGAAA